CGUCUGACAAAUGCUGCCGCCUGGUGCCCUGAAUGGCUGAAUGCCUGAUUUUUGAUAAUCAAUAUGGCGUCAUUUCAUUUGUUGUCCAGUGCUCAUUGCUGCAACAAGUCGCGUGUGGUUGUAGUUUAACUUAGGCUAUAGAUCGUCGUUGUCCGGCGUUUCGCGUUUCAAAAAAAAAUUACAUUAUUGUGUGCGAUUUAUGUGAAUUUGACUUGUGAUCGAUACAAAAUAUUGGAGGAUGCCUAAACGAGGAAAAGAACCAAGACCAUCAAGUCGUCAUUCUGGUGGUCGUUUUUCACCACCACCACAACCACCACGGCAACCUAGAAAUGAUUAUCAAAUUGCAGGAUCUUCACGUUCAACGUGUGAUUCUAGUUCUGGAAGAAGAUCACCUCAUAUCAAAGAUAAUAUCAAAAAAUCUAAUGGAAUUGUACAUCCUGGAAAUACUCCCAGAAUACUUAUGAGAGUAGUUAAUAGUCCAAUCAUAUUAACUGAUGAUGAUGAUGAUGAUGACAAUGUAUAUAAGAAUUUAGAUACUUCUGUGAAUAUAUUUCGAGAAAAUGGAAAUAAAUUGAAACCUGACACAGGCGAAGGUGCAAGUAUUGUGAAACAUUUCGUACCUUCUGCUGAUAGGUACCACAUGUCUCAAAGUGCUCCUGAAAAACCUGUGUUUAGAGGACCAGAAACUGAUGUAUUGCAUGAUCUUGGAAAUGACAAAUUAAAAAUCAUUAGAGUUCAAAUGAUACGAGCUGACAUUCAGCAAAAUGAUUCAUUUCGUAAAGCUUAUGUAGUAGAAGAUUCAGUAGCUGGUAAUAGAUCAAAAGAUAAAAAUCAUCAAAAUUUUGAGGAACGGCAAGUUCAUUUUAAUCAAAAUAACCAACAGAUACAUUAUGAUAACGAUAAGAAUUAUGGAAUGGCUCAUCCUAUGAGUCCAUCCAGGUUAAUGUCUCGUGAUCAAAGCUUAUCUCCACGGGUUAAUAUGGUCCGUCCUCCGUCUCCUCCUUUGCCUUAUUCUCCUGAACGUGAUCAUUUCAAUUCUGACAACAAUAUGUUACGCAGAGAUAGACCAAAGCGCUCUCCAGAAAGAAAUGUUCAUGAUCGUCCACCAAGGCCUGAACAUUUUUUAGAACAACACAAGAUGGAAAACUUUUCUUCUGGUCCUCCUCCAGAACCUAGAUCACCUGAAAUGCAACGUUUUAGACCGGGUGAUCACAAUAGACAUCGUGUAAAGGAUGACCCAAUUCAUUAUGAUGAACGUCCCAGACAUAGUGGAUCUCCUGUAUAUUUUGAGAAUCAUUACCAGUUCAACAGAAGUAUGUCACCCAAUAACCGACCAUUUUCUCCUAAUCACGAACAACAAUUGCCAAUAACCCCACCAUCAUUACGUGAACUUUCUUCGCCUUUGAGAGAUCGUCCACCACACCCUAAUGAACGACCUCGAAGAAGACGCACACCACCUCCAAGACGAGAUCGUUCAAGAGAGAGACGCCGUCGUAUUUCGCCUAGAAGAAGAACACCACCACCACCAGUCCGUUCACCUAUAAAGCGUAGAGAGAAUGGUAAAAAACGAGGACCUAAUAAAAAUCAGGAAGCACGAAAACGAGAAGCCAAAGAAAGAAAAAGACGAUCUCAAUCCAAGCCAAAAUCUGCACCGCAACAAGAACAACAGCAACAACAAAAUCCAUUCCAGCAACCUCAACCACAGCCUAUGUAUCCACCACCACCACCACCUGGAGUAGUUCGAAUGCCACCUAGACCUUUCCCACCAGGACCCAUGAUGAUUCCACUGCGACCUCCUCCCUUCCCACCACCAAUGGGAGCAUGGAGGCCACCACGUCCAAUGCCAGCACCACCUUCUGGUUGGCCAUAUCCACGUACAAUUCAUAAAAACCUUGCGCAUUUUGAAACUUUACAUGCUUCAGAAUUUUCUCAUAACAUAGUAAAACGUGGAGUCAAUGAUAGUCCACAUCCAUUAAACAAAGUAAAAGAAGUAUCAUUCACCACAUUGGGAAGAGAUUUUCGAUUAAUAUUAACGCCGAAAAAAGGAUUGUUACAUCAUCAGUUUGAAGCCACAAGUAUAGAUGCUGAAGGAAAUGAAACUCCAGUCGCAGUUGAUCAUGACCAUUUUUAUGAUGGCCGGGUAUUUGGAGAGAAAAGUUCACAUGCUAGUGUACAUUUAGAUAAAGGUGUUAUGACAGCUAUAAUUGAUGUUCCUGGUGAAACUUAUCACAUUGAACCAUCUUGGAGACAUAUGGUCGACAAAGAUAACAAAACAAUGGUAACUUAUAAGGCAUCAGAUGUACGAUUAAGUUGGGAACAUUCAGACCUAAAUCAACAUAAGCCAUGUGCUUAUGUAAAAGAGGAUGCCGAGGUGGAAACUGUUGACGAUGACGAUGAUCACUUAAAUUCCAUUACACGUUCUAAACGUGAUGCCGAUUCUUAUGACUAUAUGAUAACACCGACGAGAACGCGUUGCCCAUUGCUUUUAGUUGCUGAUUAUAGAUUUUUCAGAGAAAUGGGUGGAGGUGAUACAAAAACAACUAUAAAUUAUUUAAUAAGUCUAAUUGAUCGUGUACACAAAAUUUAUAAUGAUACUCUAUGGCUGGAACGUCAAGAAUCUGAUGGAUUUCGCGGCAUGGGUUUUGUUAUUAAAAAAAUAACAGUACAUAGUGAUCCAACUAAAGUGCGAAGUUCAGAAGAUCAUUAUAACAUGGUUCGAGAAAAAUGGGAUGUUCGAUCUCUACUUGAGGAGUUUUCUAAAUCAAAAGAUGUAUCCAAGUAUUGUUUAGCGCAUCUGUUUACGCAUCAAACUUUCAGAUCAAAACGAUCUUCAGUAUUGGGUCUAGCAUAUAUAGCCUCACCUAGAAGUUAUGCAAUUGGCGGCAUAUGUAGUCCUGAGUAUUUUAAAAAUGGGUACACGUUAUACCUUAAUUCUGGCUUAAGUUCAAGCCGUAAUCAUUAUGGUCAACGAGUAAUUACACGAGAAGCUGAUUUAGUUACUGCUCAUGAAUUUGGUCACAAUUGGGGAUCUGAACAUGAUCCAGAUAUAACUGAAUGUAGUCCUACAGCUAGCCAGGGAGGAUCUUUUCUUAUGUAUACAUAUAGUGUCAGUGGAUACGAUAUUAAUAACAAAAGAUUCUCUCCAUGUAGUUUACGGUCUAUACGUAAAGUAUUACAAGCUAAAUCAGCGCGUUGUUUUUCUGAACCAGAGGAAUCAUUUUGUGGUAAUCUUAGAGUUGAAGGAAAUGAAGAAUGUGAUGCUGGUCUAUUAGGUACCGAAGAUAAUGAUUCAUGUUGUGACAAAAACUGUAAACUCAGAAGGGCUCAAGGUGCUCGAUGCAGUGAUAAAAACUCGCCAUGCUGUCAAAAUUGUCAAUUUAUGGCAUCUGGAGUGAAAUGCCGUGAAGGGCAAUUUGCCACUUGUGAGCAAGAAUCUCGCUGUACAGGUACUGGAGCUGAGUGUCCUAAAAGUCCACCUAUGCCUGAUGGUACUGGGUGCCUUGAAAGAGGUAAAUGUCGGUCUGGUAAAUGUAUACCUUUUUGUGAGACACAAGGAUUACAAAGUUGCAUGUGUGAUACUAUAUUACAAUCAUGCAAAAGAUGUUGUCGUAUAAAUUUAAACGAUACGUGUUAUCCAGUUGAUCCACCUGAUGUAUUGCCGGAUGGAACACCAUGCAUUCAAGGAUUUUGUAACAAAGGUGCGUGCGAGAAAACUAUUCAAGAUGUUGUUGAACGUUUUUGGGAUAUCAUUGAAGAAAUCAACAUUAACAAGAUGUUGAGAUUCUUAAAGGAUAACAUUGUAGGCACAGUGAUUUUGGUUACUGGUUUGAUAUGGGUACCAGCUUCUUGUAUCAUUAACUGGUUAGAUCAUAAACGUGCCAAAGAAGUACGCGAAAGAAGAAAAUGGGAAGAUCAGGAUGAUUUUGUACAAAUGUCCAAUGACGCAAGACCAAAAAAAAUAAUUUACAUAAAAGUGCCAACUAGUCAAAUGGAAAUUCUAAUGACGAAUAAAUAAGAUACUUAAAUCAACAUUAUAAUAUUGAAUACUCCAGGAUCUCUAUGAUUAAAAGCAAAAGAAUAGUUUGUUUUAA